UCCAAGCCUUAGUCACUACUGAUAUAGGGAUUACACAAGGCUUAUUCCAACCAACACAAUUCGAAAGACUUAUUUCAACUGCUGAUCUGCUUGUGUUUUCAUGUCCGAUAACCGAUUUGAGAUAACGGAAAAUUAGGGUCACUGGUUCAUUGCGACUAAUUGUCUUCAUUAGUUCAGACCGUCCUAGCUGUCUCGUCCACCCCCAUCAGGAGAUUUACACUCUAGCCACUGACAAUCAUUUCACAUAGAUCUAACGUCUGCCAAAACAGAAAAUGUCCCGGAUCUUAUGUCUGCUGCUUCUGCUUUCGUCUGCUACAUUUUGUUUGGCCUCAAGUUCACCCAAGUAUUUGUUUCUGAACAACUACUGCGGUGAAACUGUGACUGUCAAGGGUUCGACCAUCCUGAAGUCCACCAUAUUCCAGGAUAAUGACUGCAAAGUAACGCUUGUAGCCGCCAAUGGUAACAACCUGGUGGCACACUUCAACUUGUACAAGCAGACGUCUGGGGUUGCUGCCCUUGCUCACCUGUUCACUGGCGACUGCUUGUCUGAGUACAUUCAGUUGUACAAUGAAGUUAAUCGGCCAAAAAUGGGAAGCCACGGCUACUGCAAGUCUGUGAGACCAACUGACCACUACCAACUGGGCCAGUCUGGAAGAUUUGAGUACCACGGUGUUUUCCUCAAGUACCUGACCUUUGAGCUUUUGAUCACUGAGACGUACAAAAAGUCCACGCCAGAUGAAGAAUGUCCAGCUGGUCAGUUUGACUGUGACUGGGAAGACAACUGUGUGGACGAGGACCUUAAGUGUAACGGCUACAACGACUGCGGUAAUGACGAUGAUGAAAACGAUGGUUGUGGGCUGUCUAAGGUCAUCAUCAUCGGCAUCGUCGUUGGAGUCAUCGCAGCUAUCGCUCUCAUCAUCGGUAUAGGCUUUGGUGUGGUCAAGGCCAUGAAACACUGAUAGGUCACGGCCGUAAGGUGGUGAUAGGUCAAGUUUGUAAGGCGUCGCUAGGUCAACCAGGAUUUAAUGCACAUUCCAUGGAUUUCUUAUUAUUUAAACUAGAUUGCUAACUAUAAAUCAUUAUUGACCUCGUAGAUUUCUGUACAUUAUAAAGGCCCUGUUUUGUCCACCUAUUGGUUGUUUGCAGCAUUUAAAUAUCGUGAUGUCAUUUAAAAUAUUCAUGGUUGGUGGACAUUUCUUUUACUGCUGACGGUAGCAUAUCACUGGUUUCUAUAUUUCUUUUAGCUGUUUGUGUUUAUACAUUUCUUGACGACUGGACCGAAUCUUUGAUUCUGUAAAUAUUUCUUAGACUCAGCAAUAUCGUUCUUGUAUCUUGUGUUACCAUUCAGUCAAACCUUGACUUGUACGUCGACAUUUGUCGUUAUUCCCAUCGUCUCUCAUCUCUAACACACAAUUAUCAUCUUCUUUUUUUGAUUGAUGUCAAUAACUUACUGAAUAAAAACUUAUCUCAUAACCCAA